UUAGUGCAGCAUUCCUAGGUCCACCUGAUUCUCACGGGCCUGUAAGACACCACACAUAACUCCAUCCACACACAUUGUCAUGCGUUCUGGUGUGGCCACCUACCUUGUGUUCGGGCACUUCGAUGAGCCGCUCCUCGGCCAUGACACACGGACUCCGCGGUGUCUGAGGCGUCGAUUGAGGCACCACAUUAUUGCUCGCCGUCGCCCUGGGAGAGGCCUGUCUGACCACCUUGGCAGCGCGCCGCAUCUUGACCUUGAUCUUGACCGGCAUGCCAGACAUCCUGACCAGAGGGACACACGUAGAAGCGGAUUUCUUGGCAGAUCUGCGUCCUCGUCAUGUGCACCUCCUCACCCACCUGACUCUCGCCUGGGUGCUCCUUCCCCCCUUCUCCAGUCCUUUUGCGAGCUUUAGGAAUAGUAAGCACUCUCUUUUCCCCCGCACGUCUACCAGUGCUUCAU